CAUAACAAAACAAUCUCCCUAAUGUGUGCAUACCCUAUAGUGCCCUAUAUUUAUAAUCCAAUUAAUGAAAAAUGUGUGUUAAUUUAAUAAACAGAAAUGAUUCAAAAGUAAUACAUAAGAAGGGUCAUGUUUUUAAGUAAAGAAUGUUUUUUACCAUUAUACACAAUUUGUGUAACAUUUUUUGGGUUUUUACUUUACCUUUCAUAUCACACAGACAUCUUGUGUUUAAGUUGUGAUGAAACAGAUAAUUCAAACAUCGUUUUCGAUUAUAUCGUAGUUGGUUGUGGAUCUGCUGGAGCUAUUGCAGCAAGAAGACUGGCAGAAAAUAAGAAGAUAUCAGUUCUAGUUCUGGAAGCUGGAAAACAUGGAAAUUUUGUGCUCGAUGUACCUGUAUUUGGUUUAUUAUUACAACAGUCUGCCUAUGAUUGGCAAUACCAAAGCGUUCCCCAGAUAAAUAGCUGCUUUGGAUUACAAAAUAAUGUAAGUAUGUGGCCAAUGGGUAAAAUUAUGGGAGGAACAGGGAUGCUUAACAACAUGAUUUAUGUUAGAGGAUAUUCUGAAGAUUUUAAUGAUUGGUUCAAAGAUAAAGAAGGAUAUACAUUUUCCAAAGAUAUUUUACCUUACUUUAAGAAAUUAGAAGAGUGGGACUAUAAAGGCAAAACUACUGCCUCAACUUAUGUCAGUAGUUUAACUUUUACCUCAAAGUUAGCUGAUUCAAUAUUAAAGGCAGCCAAAGAAUUAGGUUACCCAGUAUUAGAUGAGACUGAAAAUUGUAUGAAAGGUUUUGGUGUACCAAAGAUAAAUGUAAAGAAUGGCAAAAGAUGGACCCCAGCACACACUUUAUUAGAACAAAAAAUGCCAAAUAUUAUUCUGAGAACUAAUAGAGUUGUUCAAAAAAUCUUACUUCAUGACAAUUUUGAAGCUUAUGGUGUCAAGUACACUUAUAAAGGUCAAGAGUACAUAGCUAAAGCAACCAAAGGAGUGAUUCUUUCAGCGGGCGUGAUAGGUACUACAAAAAUACUGUUACAUUCCGGCAUUGGUCCAAAAAAGCAUUUGACUGAUAUUAACAUAAAAACAAAGAUAGAUCUACCUGUAGGAGAAAAUCUACAAGACCAUGUUACCACCGGUUUUGAUUUGAUACUCUUCAACCAAUCACUUGGUAUAGGAAUAGAAUACAUAAUGUCGCCAUUCUCUCUCUUUGAAUAUUUUUAUAGUGGAACAGGACCAUGGACUACUGCUGGUUGUGAAACACUGGCCUAUUUUAGUACAAAAGAAACCAAAGAAGCCGUUCCCGAUCUUCAGUUUAUGAUAAUGAAUGUAGGAGUAAAUGAAGAUAGAGGUUUAUAUCUCAGACACAUGCUCGGUGUUUCUGAUGACGUUUGGAACAAAUAUUUCGCAAAAUUGAAAUCUAAUGUAACUGCUACAAUAUUACCCAUACUCUUGCACCCAAAAAGUAGAGGUAAUGUACGGUUAGAAAGCAACAGACCAAACAGUGCAGUAAUUAUUGAUCCGAAAUAUCUUAGUCAUGAAUAUGAUAUUGAUAUUCUAAUAAAAGGUAUAGAGAUCGUAAGAAAACUUGUUGAAACACGAGAAAUGAAAAAAAUUGGUGCAAGUUUCAAUAAAAACAUAUUUCCAGGCUGCUCACAAUUCGAUUUCGGGUCAAAAGAAUAUUGGAAGUGUUAUGUUCAGCAUUUGACAAUAACUUCAUACCAUCCAGUGGGUACUUGCAAAAUGGGCCACGAAGAAGAGGAAACAGCUGUUGUUAAUUAUGAUUUUGAAGUAAAAGGAACCAAUAACCUAUUUGUAGUGGAUGCUUCGGUAAUGCCAACUUUAACAAGUGGGAAUAUCAAUGGUGCCAUAUUUUUGUUGGCAGAAAUGGCAAGUGAUAUUUUUAAAUAUAAAGAUUUUUUGAAUCAAGGAAGAUGUACAAUUUUAGAAAUAUUUAUUAAAAGUUAUGUUUGCAAAAAUUAUUAUUAAAUGUUAUAUAUUAUAAAUUUAAUAUAUUGUUUAUG